AUGCUACGUUUUUGUGACUUGAUUUUAAAGGCAUUUCUGGUGGCUUUCUUUACGAAAGGAGCAUUUACAAUUGGUAAGUCCAAAGAAAGGCAGAACCUAAUGCACUAGUCAGCGGAAACUGGGCCCAUUCAAUUCUGCAAAACUGACCGUAUAUUACUUUGCAGAACUUAGUGUGUCUGCUUUGUAUAUUUUUGCUCGAGCAGGUCUUCUCUAUAUCCUACUACGCUUCUGCGGCAUAGUCGUUUGCGGUCCUUUGCAGUUUAUGUCGAUUUAGUACAUUUCUUUAUAUGUUUUUCUUGUACAUCUCUUUACCGUCAAUGCACGACUACGACAUGAACAUGGACAUGAACACAAGGCAACGUCUUUUAGAAUUAAAUUCCAGAAAAAAUUGUCAACAUUUGACGAACUGGACAACAGGAUUUUACUUUCAGAGAAGUUUAGACAACAUGGAAUAAGCGCCAUAAAGUUUGAAGCAGCGCAACUGUACCUUUUAAGUGACAUUUUCGUAUGUAGCAGUAGCCGCCACCGUCGUUUUUGCUUAAUCUCCCUAUUUUUACAUCACAGCAGCACUUGUGUCCUCCGCCUCUAAGAAUUUUUGCCUCAAAUGUAACUUUUUAGUAUUACUAGUAUUUUCAGUAACACUUUGAAAAACCAAAAGUUGCAUUUACAUCGAUGAAAAUCAAUCAAUAAUGAUACAGUUUUAAGAAAAGUCGCCAUACUAGUCUUCUCUAGUGUAUCCGUGGCCGGAAUUAUUGAAAUAGAGUGCAAUUUAACGAAGGCAAUUAACAUUUGUGGUUACUUAAGGUCUACCAAAAAAAAAAUUCCACUCUCGCACACUUGAUCCCUUGAAUGCGUGUCAGCUAAUGGGCGAACGGAAUAACUGCAUGUCCAGAUCACGAUUUUUGCGAUGAUGUUGCUUGUUUCGUUAACAAGAGGCAACCCAACCUGCCGCUUUAGUCUUCAGGCCAUUCGUGAUCCUCUUUUAGCCUGUUGUUUUAUAGUUAAAAAAGAUAUCAUUUCAGGAUAUUACAGUCAAUUGAAAGUAAAGUGCUAAAAUAUAUCACUUACAUUGUAUGAUAUCCUGGCCCCCUCAACAGCUCAAACAGCGAGUUGGUGUGCUGGCUAUCCAGGAGAGGUUUUAGUUUUCUAAUAAUUCUCCUUUAUUCACAGAUGUUGUAAACGAAAUUGAUAUGUUCAAGGAAUUUGGACUUCUUGUCAAACCUCUCCCACAAGGCGUCACUUCAACACAGGGACAAAACAACAGCAGCGGCGCCUUUCGCUUUACCACACAAGCUCAAAACCUCGUUGCAAAUCAGACCGCUUUUAAUAACACAGACACGCUUAUUCACGACAGUAAAGAUUUUUGGGUCUCUGCAUGGGUCAAGCUUGAUGCAAAUGACUUUAGCGGCAAUACCAUCCUCUCAAUUAGCUCUGCAGACGGAAAUGACCUGUAUUUCAAGCUGAAGAUAUCGUGAGUUAAACUGAAAUUAAUUGUAAAUACUUUGUCUUCCUCUUCCCUCUGUCUUUCGAAUAUGGUGACAUAGCCUACAACUGUCCUCAUUUAAAUCCCAAAUCUUUUUUAAGGCCGAGGCACUCGGUUGGAGUUUACUCCAGCCAAAAGGAGAUUGAGUAUAUUUCUGCUUCCAAUAGUGCUAGUUUCACAAUUUACUCUAUUUCCCCUCCUCCCUCCCAUUCCUAACACUUUACGGGCUUCCUGCCUUGAGUUUCGGAAGGCUCUGCGAUACACGUAUUUCUAGUUUCAGAAAUAAUACGUCAUAAUAAAGCGGUUGAAUCACACAAUCGCCUGGGGCCAGCCGGGGAAAAACACCCUCUGCGUGUCGUUUUUUUGCGAAAGGGUAUACUCCAAGUUUGUUCGUUCUGUUGUUUCUGAGAAAAGUAAGAGACUGUUUACAGUCUAGUGGUGAUGUAAGCAAAUGUCGCUUUAUUUUCAGAGGUGUCAGUGACAGAGGUGGCCUUAAGGUCGUCGUUUCAGUGAGGCAGCCAGAAGAGGAUGAUCCCAAACGCAUCGAAGCAUCAUCCGCUGACCACGAGUUGGAUUACCGCAAAUGGAACAAAGUCGCAGUACGGUUGCAAGAAGGCGAGCGGGUUAUUAGGAUUUACAUUGACGACAUGGUCAACCCCGCAAAAGUGGACAUGUUAUCUGGUAUCGCUCCCUUUCCCAAAAAUGCUCAACUCCGUCUCGCUCAAGAAUUAUCAAAGGGGGGAGAGAACCAACUUACUAUCAUAGAUAAAUUCAAGGUAAAAUAUCCUAAACGCCGAAAAUUUUUUCAGGCAAAAAGACGGAAGUGAAUUGACCACUCCAGAAAAUACCAUAACAUACCAUAAUGCUCUUUAAUUGUCACGCCAAAAUUUUGCAUAAGCAUUGUUCUCACUUUCUCUUGGAACUAUUGUAACUCCCAAGAGAAACUGGAGACAAUGCUUACCCAACAUUUUGGAGUGACAACGAAAGAGCAUCAUGGUAUGUUAUGGUAUUUUCGGGAGUGGUCAAUUGCUCAAUGACACGUUUAUGAUAAUUAAAUUUCUUUUCUUUUUUCCAGGGAGAUCUUCAAGAUGUGAAGCUUAUGAGAGGAAAUUUGAACGAUUGUCCUCCUCUUACUACGGUAAUUUGACGAGAUUAAAAACCUAAAAACUGCGGUAAAAGGCCAAAUGAAGAAAACUUAAAAACCCAAACCUUAACUAUCGUAAAGGGAAAGUUCACCUCCCAACUCUAAUUUUCAAGUACAUUUGGGACAUCCUUGUAAACUGACUUAAAACUUUGCGGAUAUUGAACUUCUUCCCAGUCAGUGAGCAGAUACAGCAAAACCAGAAACGGAAAAGUUGAUGUGGAUUUAAAACUGGAAUGGUUUUCUUAUUUACAAAAUUCCAAAACCAAAAGGAAAAAUCGUCCAGUCACCACUUAAGGAUGCAAAUCGUAACUGAAAUCUUUUCACAAAAUGCUAACUGAAGUCGUUUGACCUCCCUUAUUCUGAAGCAAAAAAGCUGUUAUCUUUCAAAUCCUCUAGGCAUCGGACUCGACACAUAGCCCCCCACGCAGACGGUCUAAGGGGUACGUCAGUGGGGCAGGAACGCGUGACGAACCCCUAACAACGUAUGCAGGGGGGGCUAACUGGACACGAUUCCUUUUUCAAACUGUGACAAAGCAAACCUUUUACAAACAGUUGUCCAAUUUUUUAGCCGUUUUACAGCUAACAGAAGACUACAAAUCACUCGGUUUAACCGCUCCUCGUAAAACGCGAAGGGCCGGCACAAUGGCUCCCUCCUCCCUAUUUAUUUUUCACCCUCAUAGCUCGCAUUUUGACCAUGUUAAAAUACUGAUGUACUGCAGUCUGCACGUGCUAAACCCUUUUGAGACUCUCAACCAACCAUGCUGCUGUUUGUUCCAAUGCAGUGCAAAUGUUCUGACGCGUUACAGCAAAAGAAAUGCGUGAUGGACGGCCUUAGGUAUGACGACGGAGCUCGAUGGACCAAAAACAACUGCACCGUUUGUAAAUGCGAGGUGAGUGUGCGCAUUAUAGAGCGGAUUUCAGGGUGGGUUUUGAUUGAUUCAAAACAAGCACGCGCCAAAUUGUUUUAAUUUGGCCACGACUUCGUGGUAGGUGUUUUCCCGCGCUUGGCAGCUGCUGCAUGUAUUUGCUUGGAGAUCUGAUUGGCUCAUUUCAUUAUCUGUGUGUACCGUGAUUGGCCGAAGUUGUUGCUUUGAUUACAACAACGACAAUCUCUCUUUGUAGAAAUACAAUUUAAAAUAUCUAUUUUUUAUGAACUAAUUGAGCCUGUCCACAGUCUCUAUUUAUUUACUUAUUUGAUUAACUAACUACUUAAUUUUUUUGGUGUGUUUUCAGUCUGGACAUAUGACCUGUACUUACACGUGUAAAGUCUGCGUAGACGAUGGACAGCAGUAUCUCCAGGACGAGACCUGGAAAAUGUCCAAUAACACCUGUUACACUUGCCGCUGUCAGGUAAUGAUAAGAAGUAACAGGCUGUAAGUUUUCGUGAAGGUACUGAGAAAGGGAAGAAAGCACGUUUUCGUUUGCGAACACAAUUUCUGUCAGGUGCUACUAGCCUUCGAAUACAACAGUCACUCCUUGUUCCUCGCCUCUAGGGACGUUUCGCGGGAGAGGCGUCAACGUCCCAAGCGGCGAUGAGCGAGGAGAGACGGUUGUAUUCCCAAGCUAAGCUGCUACUCCCAUUUGAUGAAAAUGAAGCUCUUUUUUUCUUUCUUUCUUUCUUCUUUUUCUCCUUCUUUCCUCUCUUCCUGCGUCCUCUAUUGACUCUUGUUGGUUGUUUGUAAUUGUCUGAAAAUCCUUAGGAUGAAGGCAGUGGCAGUGCCAAACCCCUUUCACUGAUUUUAAGGUUAUCUUUGGAUAUAUAGCAGUAAAAAAAGCAAAAAUACGAUAUCUACACACGACCUACGUUAAUCUUACAUAGAAUGAAUAAAAUGAAUAGACUUGCCUAGUAGUCCAUUCCACCACACAUUUAAUUGGUGCCUUUCUUUCUCUCUCUCGUCUCCUUUCUUUCUUCUUCUUUCUGUCUUUUUUGCUCCUGUGAGUCAAAAACGUCGUCAGUGCAGAGUUAAUACAAUGUUUGCUAUUUCAGGAUGGUCAAUCCACUUGUAAUCCCCCUUCCUGCCCAGUAACCAACUGCCCGUCUGGAAAGACCGUUUUACCUGAAGGAGAAUGCUGCGAGAUUUGCAAAGGUACUAGUUUUUCUUGUCGUUUUUUGGUCUCCAUGGAGCUAAAAAUGUUCUAGCCAUUCACAGACCCUCUAUUCUCUCUUUAAAGAUCGUCGAAAGCGCGUGUGAAAGGAAAAUCGCACGCUCGCCUCGCUCGCUGAGCCCCAAAUUUUCGGGGGGAGGGAAAGAAAGAAAAACGUCUGUGAACAGGCUAAGAAUGUUCCCAUACAAGCGGUAAACACGUAGCUUCCGAGAGCAUGUACACAAAGCACCGCAUUAAAUGAAGCUGCCCGCGCAAGUUUCCCUUUUCUUUUUUACCUGUUUUCUUUUCCUUGUGGCACUUUUUUUUCUUGCUGGUGCCGUCUGCUCGUGCUUUCUGGCUUUCUCUUCGUCUUCUACCCCCACAUGAGAGUUUUGUUCAGAGAAUAGUUUUUUUACUACUUGUGGCAUCACGAUUUUGUUUUUUUAUUUUAGAGAAAUACUGUGAGAGAAAAGGAAAAGAAUAUAAUUCAUGCGGCUGUGAAAAGACAUGUGUCAACCCUUCGGGAUCUUGCAGUUCGUGCAAGGAAGGUUGCUUCUGUAAACGAGGCGAGAUUUUGAACUCGCGAGGGGAAUGUGAGGCUAACAGCAAUUGUGGUUGCAUUUACAAAGGAAAGGAAUAUAAGGUAAGUCCCAUUCGCCCUUGCUAUCUCCCGUGAGAGCUGAAAUGGCGCAGUCGUUAGAGCCCCCACCUCCCACCAAUGUAGCCCGGGUGCAAAUCCCUGAGUGUCGGUGUCGUUUUUGGGUUUAGUUUGUAGUUGGUUCGAUUCUCUCCCUUGCUCCUGGAGGUUUUUCUUCGGGUACUCAGGUUUUCCCGUCUCCUCAGAAAUCAACAUUUCCAAAUUCCAAUUCGAUCUGGAACGGAUCGGACAGACACAUUCAAACGAGUUCUUAAGAACUCCCAAGUGCUUCAUAAUUACAAAAUUGCAAAAGGAGAGAGUAGAAAGCUUCAAAACAAGACCUUCAUAUAGUUGGGAUUCUUUGGGCUGCCGACUGGGCCAUGCAGGGGUUUAUUAUUUUGGGACGUAUAGAUUAUAAUUACACUUUUUACCGGCUUGAGUGUAUAGCUACUCUUGAUGGGAAUAGCCUUUUGAAGCAAGAAACGAUUAGCAUUAUUUUUAACUACCAUUUCCACAACUCACCUCCUUCUCCUAUCCCUAUGCCCCCCAAAAUAUAGUAUGACAGUACUAACGUCACUAAUCUCAUCUCACCGGAAAUUCCAGUAUGAAAAGGAAAGACUUUUAACACGCAGGGAGAGAACUGCAACAAGCUGAAGCAUUUCCCGUGGAAACCGUGGGAGGGUAUUGUUUUUGCAGCUCCCACGCGCGCAGGUUAACUUCCUCAUUCGAAUACCGUAUUUAGAUAAUCGUAUGGCGUGGAUAUAGUAUAGGGCCAAUAACUCCGCCCAAUAAUUUUGUGUUCGUUUCAAAUCGACUUCUAAAUGUGUUCGCCAGACGACCUGAAAUGACCCGUUUCCUCCCCGCAAAAUCAGCUCCAUUGAUGGGGGAAUGGGGCACGUAAAGCCUUCUGGGAGUUUCGUCUGCCAUUUUGUCUUUUCACGACAUAGAUGAAAGGUAAUUCUUGAUUGGGCGUUGCUCUGACGGGCAUCCCAAUAAUCAUCCUGGUAAGAAGGAUUUCCUUUACAUUUAAGACAAAUCUGCUCGAACAUUGUCAUGAGCUCUCAGUAAGUGGUUGUAUAACGCACAAAGAGUAAAUCUACAUCGUUGGUUAUCAAAAAUUUUAAACAUGAGGCUUUUCAAUUCUCCAUCCAUGCCCGGAAGGGUGCUCAACAAAUUUUUGUACGGGGCGGCUCCGCCCAGAGGUCCAACCCCUUACCUUUUUAUAUACGAUUUUUUUUUUUUUAAGAAAAAGGUACCCCUUUCACAUACCUUCUUUAGAACUUUGCAUCUCUUUGCGUUCGAGGUACGAGAACGCAACCCCUAAUUUGUGUUGGGUGUUCUGUUCCUUAAUGGUUGUCCUGUGCAAUUAAUAAGGGAGGUUAUUUUGAGAUUGCAUUUUCGUCGUCGUCGACACACAUUUGCCUCACUUUGAAGUGCUUGCUUACGUUUUGUCUCACUUUGACGCGCUAACUCACGUGGUGUUUCGUGUGUCCUCAGCGUUCAUCUUUUCAAAGGUUUGCUUACGUCUGAUAUUCUGUCUUCGUAAAGCGUUCAUCUUUUAAAAAGUUUGCUGAAACUUCCAAAGCGUUCAUCUUUCAGAAGUUCGCUGUUAAAUUUUACUUAGGAUUAAGCCUUCAUAAUUUUCAGCAUGGUUCGCCGUCACUGUCUUAGAAAAUGUGUGCGAUUCCAUUCCUGGUGCAUGCAUCAAACCGGGUUUAGUUCGGCUGCCUUUGUGUCACAAAGUAAAUCUACUGAGUUGUGAAGCUCGGCAGCUGUUGUGCCACAAAGUAAAUCUACCGAGAUGUGAAGUUCGGCGGUGCCAUUCGAUCAUGACUUGUAAUAUUUUCGGCACCAGGCAAACGAACACUUUAACUCUAUGUUAUUUAUUAGGAAAAACUUAUAAACCAGCCCACAAUAGCGGCACUCUCGAUUCGUUGAAAUCAACACGCUCGACAAAAUUACUGGAAAAGUUAUCGACGUGAGCCGCACACACAUUCCGCUGAAGGCUUUGACAGGAUUAGUGCGAAAUUUGAAUUCAGGUGUGAAAGCUUUUAAAAAAGUAAAUUCAGUUUAAUUCAUUUUGUCGACAAGUUGAUGAUUGGAUGCUCUUAAAAAUAACAGAGAAAAUUAUCCGAAGAAAUAUUUUUGAAGAAGGAAAAAGAAUCCCGGGUUAAGCGCUAAUCGUCCUUUGAACAACUGCGCCCUGUAAUCGCGCCAGUAAAACAAAAGUUAAAAUGUUCUAUUUACACGCCCGACGCACUCUGGCCACUGUCUCCUCCGAUUACAAGCAUUUGACACCAAAACAUAUUAUUAGUUUCGUUGUACGCAACCCUUACGUUCAAAAUAUGCUAUAAUCAUAUUUAUUUAUCGCAAGAGCCAUCCAAUCUUCCCCCUCAACUGUUACCCGCCUGUACGCCUAACAAACAUAUCGAACGCACUCUCCUAAGCUCCGAUUACUCCUAGUUUAACUCUUGUAAAUGCACUGUCAUUUAAAUAGGAAUCAAUCACAAAAAUAGAACGUUUUCUCGACUUUAUAAAACCAUAAAAUUCAUUCAUCAUUUCUGCUUCCUACCCUGUCAUAUACCUGAAGCAUGAAAAAGGUACCCCUUUCGUGCGGAGCUUCCCCGUAUAGACCAUUAUAAGGAGUCCCCCCCCCCAUCCAUGUUAACAGCCGCUUAGUUUCUUUCGAUUCUCGAUUCUUACUAAUAAAUUUUUUUUUUCUCUUAACAGUCUGGGGGUCAUCACUUAGAUAAGUGCACCUACCUCUACUGUGCUGGUAAAAAGCCGACUCUGCACAAUUUUUGCCGCAAAUAA